GUACAGACACGCCACGGGGGAACCCGGUGACCUACUGCUAUAUAGCUGCAGUUUCCGCGUCCCCUUUAUCGCAUGCACACUCACACAGACGCGCGAGAACACACAUACAUACAAAAAUAUAUGCGCGGCCAUUAUAUAUAGAUAAUUUUUUUUUUCGUAUUCUCUUUCUACUCCUUUCUUUCCAUUUCUCCGGCUGUUCGAUCGAAUUCGCCUUGCUCGCACACACGCUCGCGCCGGUUCAUUCAGUCAGUGUCCAUUCCGCAACCGGUACAGCCGACACACGAUAUUCGCCAAUAAAUAAAGCCGAAGUCGCUCUAAAACAGUGCUGCGUGUGCCGUUCGCGUAAACUCCUCCUGCCGUUCGUUCGUCCGGGGCCAACUCGAUUAAUACGCGUCAUUAUUCGAUAUUUUCUAAUCGAGGCCUGACCAUACAACAGCGGCUAUAUAUAGAGUACUAGUAAUUGCCCAACAACGAUGAGAGCUGCAAAAAAGACUAAAUCGUAUUGCAAUAGAUAACUACCAUUAAUACAACAGGAAUGAUAUACUUUGGGAAAUCGUCUCUGUGGACCGCGUUGUUACUGUUGAUGUGGUUUGAGAACAAUGUCACCGGCGCAGAUGACAACAACAAUAAUAAUGGCGAGCCUAAGGAGGACACGCCUCAUUCGCGACAGAAGCGUCUGCUGUGGAUCACUACGGAUGGCCGCUUGGCCCUGCCGCCCGGCACCAGGCUAACGAUUACCCCAUCGCUGUCCCUGCCGUUCGUCAGGUAUCCGCCAGACGGGUUCCUGUCCAACAUGAGCAUCAGUUUGCCUUUCACAAUUGACUUCGAUGGCUUGGGGCUGACUGAUAAUCAGAAUCCGUUUGGCGCCUUCCCGCCGAUAUUAGCCAGAAGCAUGGGCAGGCAGAUGGGCUCAGUACUUGCCGACUAUGUGUCUCAACUUAUGGACGGCCGGAGAUCGACUAGAUCUGUUCCAACGUUACCCAAACCAAUACACUCGUACUUCCAAGGAGGUGAAAGAGCUCUACUGUUCACCGUCGUCGAGGACCUGUUGACGAACUUCGGGAUGGACGGCAAAGCAUGUCUUCUCCGAGCCAUAUGUGAAGUUCACGGACACAAGUCCAUACAUAAAUUUGGUUUCAUCGGCGAAUUUCUUCAGCUGUUCCUCACGGCUAGUAGAUCGACGUACGCUGAUUUAAUGAAGGACUACGUGACUGCCGAAACUGUUGGCAAACACAGCAAAGAAUGUUACCCUUACUUUAAGGAAUGUCCAAAAUCGUUGUUCACCAACAAUCAUAACUAUUCGAAAAACGAUCUGUCGCCCGACGACGAAGACGAAGACGGUGAAUCGGUGUCGGCUGACGACGAAGACAGCGACGGCGAUAACUACAACCACAGGGACGGCAACGAUUUGGACGACGACCCGAGGAAGACGUCGUCCGCGGCGAGCGGUGGAUCAAAAGUGACGGUGAAUCCGGCACCGUUGGCCAUGUGACCCGGUUGAACACACGCAAUCACCCGGGUGAAUUUAUCACUCUCCGCCGCGCGCAAUGAUCGUUGAAUAAUCGUCUCCCGAACGCAUUUCGUCUGUAUUUAAGUGUGUACCUACGUCUGUUUGCGUGCUGCGCCUGUGUGUACGUGUCCAGACUUUCCCGUCGGAUUGAAUUUCAUCGGGUUUCUUUAUUUUUUUUUUUUGUUGACUUUUCAUCCGAUGCCCCUCCAACCACCCGUCUCGUUACUCUCUUGCGCCGUCCCGUGUAUUAAAUAGUCCACCGAGACUUGUAUUAUACAGUCUUUUCUUCUCGAUUGGGUUCCGCGCAAUUUAAUAUAAAUAUAUAUAUAUAUUAUAUAUGUGUGUGUGUGUAUACAUUUAUUAUCGAACUCGUCGUGACACGAUUUUUGAGACAUUAUACGGAAUUUCAUCGAAAUACCCACGUCGACUUACGGUGUUUUAUUCUACUGGCGCCCAGAUACCGUUAAAAUCGUCCGUCCGAAAAAAAAAACUAUUAUGUCACAAAACAAUCACAAUAAAAAAUGAGAUCAGGAAAUUCAGAACCCCGAGUCUGACUUAUACAUCCAAUAUAUAUUAUACACGACAUUAUAUAUACAGCGUAAUUCACCGAGAAUGUUCACCUUCCUCCCUAUUUUUUUAUUUAAUAAUAAAACUAUUUAAAUUCUGAUUUUUAAAUUUUUAAAUAUAUUCUAACUUAUAAAGAUGUAAACAUCUGUAUUUUAAAUUAGAACUCCCUUCAUCCCCUUUCUACUGUAAAUAAUUUAACCGACGAUUUUUCUGAAAAUGU